CCUACACCGACCAAGCCAGCUCAUGUUCAAGUUAAUAGUGAUGGCUCAACUACGUAUACUCUGUUUCAUUGUAGCGAUCUGGACAAAGAUUCAAGAGCGGGAGAAUGGUUAUGGAGAUCUGUUUCUCGAACAGGUUUCCUUACACUGAACCGUAACCGGACGCAUGUAAACAUUUCAUGGGAAUCACAGUCGGAGCACAACUUGACGUCGUCAAUGAACGUCAAAGGACGUGCGAUGGAAUUAUCUGACUUGUCAGUUUUCCACAACCGCACCCUUACUCCUGAUGACCGAACCGGAAUGAUUAGCGAGAUCAGGAACGGUAAGGAGUGGGUAGAUCUUAAAACUGGAAAGGUUGUUCAUCGAGACAACAUGUGGGUCAAAACUAUUACUACUAGUGGACAG